AUUCUCCCGGGUGUUGUGCCGUGCCACGUUGUCUGGAAAUGGCUGGAAACAUCCAAGGUUUCGAACAGAGGAUCGUCCUGGUGGGCAAAACCGGCAACGGGAAAAGCGCGACGGGAAACACCAUCCUGGGACGCCAAGUCUUUCAGUUUGGGAUGUCGCCCAACUCCAUCACCUUCACUUGCCAAAGAAUGGAGGCGUACCGGCAGGGCAGGAAGGUGGUGGUCGUGGAUACGCCCGGCUUCCUCGACACGGGACGUCCCCAGCGAGAAAUCUCCGCUGAAGUGAGCAGGUGCGUGAGCUUUUGCACCCCGGGCCCGCACGUCAUUCUGCAAGUGAUCCGCCCGGGCCGUUUCACCCAGGAGGAGAAGGAGGUGGCUCAGCUGAUCAAUGAGAUCUUCAGCCUCAACGCCAAGAAGUACAUGAUUCUCUUGUUCACUCGGAAAGAUGACCUAGAAGGUAAACCCCUGAAGAAAUUCCUCUCCGAGGGAGAUGCCUGUCUUCUGGAUCAAGUGUCGCAGUGUGGGUACCGCUACCUGGCGUUCAACAACAAGGCCGAAGGGGCAGAACGGGAAGCUCAGGUGGCCCAACUGAUGGGCAUGAUUGACAACCUGGUGCAGCAAAACAGCGCUGCUCCUUGUUACACGGAAGACAUGAUGAGAUCCGACAAACGGCAGCUGGGCGGGCGCUUUUCCUGGUUGUGCCCUUUUUUCUGACGGGCACGCGAAAGUCCGACGGAGCCUCCGCGCCAAUUGCAAAACUUCACGGCCUCCUUUCCCCCCC